AUGCCUGCCGAGCAGUCUACAUCCAGCCCUUCCGACGCCAAGGAGAACCCCAAGCAGUCCGCAGAGAUCGAACAACUCGAUGGUGAUAGCAAGGAAUCCGGAUCGCCUUUAAAAGAGGCUGAAGGGGAAUCGGCCGCAAACGCUGGCGCGAAAGAAGAGUCCUCGGACAAGAACGAGGAUGAUGCCGCUUCGAAAGCCCGCCAACGGCAAGAAAGAUUCAAGGCCCUUAAGGCUCGCGCAAAAACCGCCACCGAGCGCAAUUUGAAAGAAACCGCUGCCGAGACACAGCGUCUCGCAACAGAUCCGUCGCUCCUUUCAUCGCUGUCCCGUAAACAUGCUUUCGCAUCGCACAACCUUCUCAAGGCAGACACGGAAGCCGCUGGCGAGGACUUUGAACGUAAGCGUGCUUGGGACUGGACCAUCGAUGAGUCGGAGAAGUGGGACAAGCGAAUGGAAAAGAAGCAGCGCCAUCGCGACAAUGUUGCAUUCCAGGACUACACCCAGGACGCCCGGAAAGUCUACAAGAGGCAGCUGCGAGAAGUGCAGCCCGACCUCGAAAGCUACGAGAGGGAGAAAAUGGCAGCGAUCGAAAAAGCUGCUGCGAAUGGCGACCUCGAGAUCGUUGAGACCAAUGACGGUGAAAUGAUUGCUGUGGACAAGAACGGUUCCUUCUAUUCUACAGCUGACAGUGUUGGGUUUACGGAAAACAAGCCUGAUCGUGCCGCAGUUGACAAGCUAGUGGAUAACCUUAGGAAGGCCGAGGAGGUCCGGCUUAAGAAGCGGAGGGAUCGCCGCGGUGACGAUGACGGCGACGUCACCUACAUCAACGAGAAGAACAAGCAGUUCAACCAGAAGCUGGCGCGCUUCUAUAACAAGUAUACUACAGAAAUUCGUGACAGUUUCGAGCGCGGUACGAUGAUAUGA